CUAGGAGGGUGUGAAGUAGUCAGGGGAAUAGCUGCCUUCUCUUGCAGUAACAGCACUAAGCCACUGUGACUCAGGAAGGAAAUGGCAACAGCAUCAUCCUCUGCUUUCUCAGCAUCGAUUGCAACACGGCGCAAACCCUUUGAAGGUUAGGCAGAUGAAUGAAAAAUACAAGCAGCUAGACGUUGGUUUCAGUUGCAAAGGUAGCCUGAGUUGAGGUACUGCGGCCUGUAGCCCCUACACUGCUGAAUGAGAGAAAUGUGAGCUCGCUGCAGUACUGCAGUGCUGCUGCAGACAAUACUGCCAUCGAAGGUAAACAGAGGGCUCCAAGAGACAGACCGAGAGAGGAGAGAGAGAGAGAGAGAGCAAGCUGCAGAGCAGCCACUGCCCUUACUGUCAAUACAGAGACAGACACUGUGCAGCUAGCUAGAAGGAGGACUGCUCAAUUGAAAACUGGAACCACCAGAUUUACUACAAGUGCAGGUAACGUGAUUCAAGCAAGCAUCUUCAUAUAAUUCACUAUUGCUAAGCUGAGAGCUUCUGUGUCGUUGACUCAGUUCUGUCAUAAAGCUUUCUUCUGGGAUAUGUUUGCAGUGUUCGCCUGCUCAUUUUGCAGCAUUCACUGCCGUUAAGAGAUUGAGCAUCCAAAAGAGGAAGAGAAGUCAGGACAUACAGUUAUAAAAACUGACACCUUAGCUUCAUUGUAUAAAGAGCAGCGUGUUUGAAACUGAUGUGGACUGUGCAAACGAUUCAGGAUGAUUCUUACAGAUUGUGUUGCAGCCUGAAUUGACUGUAUGGAUAGUGAAGACUCCUGGUGCAAAGAGAGAAACCUGCAAAGGUGCAGAGAUGGUCAGACAGGGAAGGGAGUGCAGGCCCUACCUGUGAAGCAAGCUGCCUAAUCGCAGCUGGGACUCUCAGACCCCUAGCCCAUGGCGUGCCUGAAACAGCAGCAGGCUGCCAUCAAGAUGGAGGCAGUGAAGAUUGUGCCAGUGGAGAAGUUUGCGGAGUGCUCAAGCUCACAGGGCCGGUACGGGCCCUCACAGUGCGUACGUGAGCCACCGCUUGUGGGAAAGUGUGCCUGGCCCCUAGAAUCCGAGAUCAUCGCAAACCAGGCCUGCGCUGACGUCCCCACCCUGGAGAAAGCCCGGAGCCCUAGCGGGCUGGCCCGGACACCACCCCGCCGUGAAAAAUUUGUCCAGGGCCAUCGCAAGGCUAGUGCCGAACUGUGUUACCACCGGCAGACCCCAUCAGAUGAGGUCAUCGUUAAUCAGUACGUUCUUCACCAGUCAACCACUUCUGAACCCCUGGAAUGCCCCACCUGUGGCCACGUGUACAAUGCCACCAACAAACGUCCACGGAUCCUCUCCUGUCUACACUCGGUGUGCGAGGAGUGCCUGCAGAUCCUCUACGAGUCCUGCCCCAAGUACAAGUUCAUCUCGUGCCCUACUUGCCGCCGGGAGACCGUCCUCUUCACCGACUAUGGCCUGGCAGCUCUGGCAAUCAACACCAGCAUCCUGGCCCGGCUGCCAGCUGAAGGCCUCACUGCCAACCCGGGCCAAUGGGGCAGUGAGGCUGACCGCAGCUGCUACCAGACCUUCCAGCAGUAUUGCGGGGCAGCCUGCAGCUGCCAGCUCCGAAACCCAUUGUCUUCCUGUGUCAUCAUGUAGAGGAAGAGAGAGAGAAGGCCCUUCCCCAUGUCACAGAGUAACAUUUGUGACCAAAAUAAGGAUUACUGCUCCAAGACUGAACAACUUGCUGUUCUUUCUCAGCAACCUAUAUGGUAAAUUAUCUAUAACUGCAUUAUCUCAUCUGGGAGUUUCUGUGUUUUCUGUGAAAUCAAAGGUAUCAAAUUCAGGUUGAGUGGCAAGUAUUAUGCAGUCUUGAUAGUUUUGCCUGAGAGGCAGUGUUGCCAAGCAACCUGCACAUUCUUGACUACGACCUCGGAAUUGCUUCUUUCUCCACCCCAGUAUUAUACGACGCCUAAAACCAUUGCCAAAGCAGCAAGUGUUUUAAAGUGUUGCCCUCUCUAGGUUGGUAAAGCUUAAUGUGUUCUAGAUGCACACCACACUAUCCAGCAGCCUAUCGAGACCCUCAUUCUUGGCCCUGCCCAGUGCCCUCAAUCUUUCACCAGAACACAGUGUCUGGCGAGAGCAUUUCUUUAACCUGAAGUUUCGAUUUUGAUGGUUGGAUAAUUAGAGAAGGGUUUAGCUGCACUUAUUUUUAAUUGCAAACAUCCUCACCUAAGCCACAGCCCUGCCCCAAACCUCCAUGACAUCAGAGGCAUGUUAGUAGCUUUUGUGUGGUGUCAACCCAGCCAAAAUCAGCACCGGGAGUGCUCGAACUGGGCCAGCUGCCUCAGCACUGUACAACCUCCCCCGAACCCCACCUCUAACCUCCCACCCUACACCCUCCAUCCUCUGACCUCCCACCUCCAAGCCACUGUGGUUCUGGAGGAAGCUGGGCUGAAAAGGGUCACGACCAUAGGUUUCCACAUCGACCUGUCAGUCACAGUAAACAUUUAACAAAGGCUGCUCUCACCUGUGUGUCUGAGUGCAUUGGUUUUGCUUUUGCUCCUUGCCCCACCCACAAUCCUAGUCUUGGGUCCCAAGAAGCCAUUCACACCUUUAACACAACAGAUGGAGAAAUACUCAUCUUUGGCUCCAAAUUAGGUGUAUAGAGCACCUACGGCCAAAGCUAACAGUCAGUGCUGGAGAGCUCACCGAGAGCAGUGCUAGGAACACAAAGAAUGUUUCUUUAUUGAUUGUAUUCUGUGAAUAAACUCUAUAUUAGACCUUC